AUGGGGCUCCCGUGCUGCAGAGCGCCUUCAGCCCGUUGGUGGGUACAGCAUCCACGGCCCAGUGCCAAGGCCCCAGCGCGCGCUCUUCGCGGAGUAAAGCGCCGGCUCGCCGUGCCUUGCCGCCACAGUCCCCAGGCCCCUCCGGUCACUCCGGCGGCUGCAAGCAGAGUGACAAGGGGCUCGCGGCCACCUAGCGGCCGGGCUGCGGGAGCUGGCGCGAGACAAAAACAAGACGCGCAUCAGCCGCGCCACCUGCAGUUGGCCGUCCGCAGCGACGAGGAGCUCAACAAGUUGCUGGGCCGCAUGACCGUCGCGCAAGGCGGCGUCCUGCCCAACAUCCAGGCCGUGCUGCUCCCGAAGAAGACGGAGAGCCACCAGAAGGCCAAGGGCAAGUGCGGCCGGCCGCCUCCAGGGGCCCGCAGAGGGCACAAGUGCUCUUUUCAGAGCCAGCCAAAUAGGGAGAAGGGCUGCUGA